GCGGGGCGGGGCGCUCCGGCGCGGGCCGCAGGCGCGGGCGAUGCUCAGGAUGAAAUCGGCGCUGCCGUACGCGCUGGGGGCGCUGGACUGGGACCCGCCGCACCUGCACAACCUGCAGCACUGCUACUGCUACUGCGGGGGGCCGGGACACUGGAACCUGAAGAUGCUGCAGUGCAGCCGCUGCUGGCAGUGGUUCCACGAGGCCUGCACACAGUGCCUGGCACAGCCCCUGCUGUACGGAGAUAGGUUCUACGUGUUCGAGUGCAGCGUGUGCCGGGGAGGGGCCGAGAGCGUCCGGAGGCUGCCCCUGCGCUGGGUGGACGUGGCUCACCUGCUCCUUUACCACCUCAGCGUUUGCUGCAAGAAGAAAUAUUUCGACCUGGAGAGGGAAAUUCUGCCCUUUGCCAACUCCAACUGGGAGGCGCUGCUGCUGGGCCAGCUGGCGGCCACGCCCAAGGCCGAGCGCUACGGGCGCCUCCUGGGGGCGCUGAGCACCCACAAGGACAGGUUCGUGUCGGGCCGGGAGAUGAAGAAGCGCAAGGGGCUCUUCGGGCUCCACACCCGCGCCCCUCCCCCACUGCCCCCCCACCUGCUGCGGGGCCGCCCCUCCCCCACCGCCGGCCCCGCCCCCAGCCCCUCCCCAGGGCGGGGGAAGGGCGGGGCCCGCCGGCGCCCCUCCCCCCGGCGCGCGCAGGGCCCCCCCGGCGGCUCCUACAACUUCCGGCGCACCGAGAGCCGCGGGCCGCCCAGCCCCCCCAUCCGGAUGUUCGCCUCCUUCCACCCCUCGGCCAGCACCGAGAGCAGCUCGCCCACGCCGGACCCGGACCCCGCCCCUCCCCCCGCGCGCUCGCGGCCCCGCCCCCCGUCGCCGGGCCCCUCCCCCUCGGCCCCGCCCCCCGCGCAGGCCCCGCCCCCCGCGCAGGCCCCGCCCCCCGCGCAGGCCCCGCCCCCCCGCGUGCUGGCGCGGCGCGUGACGCUGGACGGGACCGUGCAGUACCUGCUGGAGCGGGGGGGCGGGGCCGCGCUCUGA